UAAAGACUCACAAAACAAGAUGACUGGCAUGGAAAUGAUAACCAGGAACAAACUUUUUGCUGUGAACAAUGGAGCAAACUACGAGUGAAAACCCUGAAAAAAUAUUUACAUGCCAGUUGUGUGGUUUGAGUACCCCUUUUACUUACUACGGCCAGAAACCACCUAACACCAGAGCUAUUGUAUUGCUCGAGGACUGUUUUGUGACCAAGGACCCCUUCAGUCCAGACAAGGAAAAGUUUUUAAUCUUGGGGUCUACCUGCAGCCUGUGCAGUCUGGGUGUCUGUGUUGGCUCGGACUGCAGUCUCUUCUACACCAAGAGGUUCUGCAUGCGGUGUGUGAACAAGCACUUGGACCAGUUUCCCCAUCAGAUUCAGACUGAGCUUGCAAAGAAGAAGCAGAGUUCAAAUGCUGCUGUUUCCUGAUAAAAGAGGUCCAUAACCGGCUUAGCAGACUGCAAUAAACACUUCAGUAUAUGCAUUUUGUCAUAAAAUGAGUAAAACAUG